AUGAGUGCUUUCUUCGUCCAGUUUUUCUUCUUUUACUUGCUUACUUACAGUUUAGGAGUAAGAACCACACGGAGGUCUAAGCAGCAGCCGCAAGCCGAUCCUAGACCUAGCGACGACUUCUUCGAAUUAUCGACGCGACGCGACGCCGUCGAGCUUCGACACGACGACCAGCAUCAAUUUUGGAAGUCGGCCGCCAACGUUGCAAAGCUGCGCUUGCUGCGUAAUGACUAUGUUGAGAAAUGGGAGCCUCAAACAUGCGUGGUGCAACAGAAAUCUGAUCUGAUGGGCAGUUCUGUCAACACGACCCACGUGCAGUUUGUAGACGUCGCAGAGCGAGUUGGAUUUACGCAUUCCUACAGGCUUCAUGCGCCCGUCAGGCCGCAUUGUGCAUUUGAUUUCGACAUUCCCAUCUUGAAUUCGUCGGAUUUCGUGCGUCUAAAGGGAGAGUUCUGCUUGCCAGAGCAAAUUCCUGGCGCUGCGGCUGUUGGUGAUUAUGAUACGGACGGGCUACCGGAUGUAUUUUUCACGGUAUUUAACGGCAGAAGCAAACUCUACAGGAACAACGGAGAUGGCACCUUUUCAGAUGUUACCGAUGAAGCUAGGGUUGGACCUAUGCGUUUUGGAAGUGGAGCCGUGUGGGCCGAUUUUGAUGCAGAUGGAGAUUUAGACUUGUAUGUGACAUCAGUUGGAAACACAAGCCAUUUUCUUUACAUAAAUCAAGGAGGACGGUUCACCGAAGAAGCGGUAGAAAGGAAUUGUACAGGGUCACAACCUGAUGGUCGAAAGUUGUCUGGCAUGACACCUAAUGUUGGUGAUUUCAACAGAGAUGGUUAUCCUGAUCUUUACAUCACAGAAUGGAUAUUGCGUUCUAAGCACAAGCAUUCUUCAUCAAGACUUUUUAAGAACAUGGGAAAACAGAAACCAGGGUAUUUCGAGGAUGUGACAUAUGAAGCGAACGUUGACGUUGACAAGUUUAGAAGCAACAGCGUAGAAGCACCUGGAACAUUUACGUUUUGCUCAUCCAUGACUGAUUUUGAUGGGGAUGGUUGGCCAGAAUUGGUGAUAACUACUGAUUAUGGUGAUUCCAAAAUGUUUUGGAACAACAGAAAUGGGACUUUUCAUGAAUGCACCGAAGCGUGUGGACUAACUUCUAGAGUGGACGCAAUGGGUCAUGCAAUAGGAGACUGGAAUGGUGACACUCAUCUUGACUGGUUUUCUACCGGAAUACAUGACUCUGAGGCACGCUGUGACAGUUUAGGCUGCUCGUUUAGCACUGACGGGAAUUCACUCUACAAAAAUGCUAAUGGUCGAUGGUUUGUCGAUGUUGCUAAUGAAGUUGGUGUGCAAAAAGGCUGGUGGGGAUGGGGAACAACAAUGUUUGAUUUCAACAAUGACAAAUAUCUUGAUUUCAUUAUGACAAACGGUUUUGACUCAACAACAACAACUACAGAUGAUGUAUAUGCAACUGAUCCCAUGCUUCUGUGGAUGAAUAAAGGACCUGAGGCAAACUUAACAACAGAAGACGUCGCAAGAAAUGUUGGUCUCAACAACAGCAAAGAGGGGCGUGGUUUGGCAAAGUUUGAUUUUGAUGGUGAUGGUGAUGAAGAUGUAAUUGUCAGUCAUUUGGUUGGUAAGCCAUCACUGUAUGAGAAUGUUGGUGGAAAUCAAAAUUUCUGGCUUCGUGUUCGUGUCAUGCAUCAGUGUCCCAGUCAGGUGAAUCAACUGUGUGACAGCCUGCAUGCACGUGUCGAAGUGACAACAGCAGAUGGAUGGAAACAGACACAAGAAAUUGGCUCUGGGGCUCACUUUAUGGCACAGAAUGAGAUUGAAGCACACUUUGGAUUAGGCAACAACUUGGAUGGUGUCAGACUGUAUGUUUACUGGCCUUCGUAUAACACACAUGUCACAUACACAAAUGUACCGCCAAACAAUCAACUGAAAGUUGUUCUACCUAGAGCAGGCCACAAUCAUGCAAAUGCUACUAUAAAUUACAGACAACUGAUUCAGUGCCCGCAACUCCAGAUUGCAUCUGUGGAAAUAAAAAGUGGUAUGGGUGCUUCUGUGUGGGUUAAUCCAUCUCAACAAACAGUAGGCUUUCAAGUGGAUGACACGUCGGUUGCACAAACUGUAUUGUUUGAAUACACCGUGACUGUCGAUCCACCAUCUCUGGCCAAUGGCAAUGCAACUGCUACAGUUUUUGUACUUAUAGAGGGCACACAUCCUGGCAUGGAACUGGGUGACGAUUGCAAUCGUGAAGAAAAUGUUACAUCGGCAAGACGACUUGAUGGCAUUUCAAAUAAUCAGAAAAGAACAAUGUAUGGAUCUGCUGACAGGCAAUUGGCUCGGGACAUGCCACCAGACUAUGGAGAUGACAUUGCCACUCCUGGUAGUCAGUGCACAGCAGAAAUGAGACGUUUUAGUCGAUGUCCUUUUUCAAAAGAAUUUGCUGGCGAAGGCAGCACAAGACCAUCUGCACGAGAAAUCAGCAACAAACUCUUUCAUCAGAUUGAAGAUGUGCCAUCACAACGUCAUCUGAGUGACAUGGUAACGCAAUGGGGACAGUUUCUUGCUCACGACACUGACUUUUCUAGUCCUCUACCGAGAUUUGAGUUUCAGAAUGUUAGAAGUGACGUCUGGAUUCCAAUAUCAAUACCGAAGUUUGACAUUCACUUUGAUCCUUAUGGCACUGGGAAGGAACAUAUGCCAUUCAUACGAUCGACUUACGAUCGAGCCUGUUCUGGUAGGAAAGUGGGAUUGCCACGCGAACAAAUUAAUAAAAUCACAUCGUACAUCGAUGCCUCUAUGGUUUACGGUUUGUCUGAGGAAAUAGUGAAGAAACUUCGGACUCUAACAGAUGGAAAAAUGAAGCUGCAGAACAAUGGAAUCAUACCAUUCAACACAUUUGGUUUGGCCAAUGACAAUCCACUAGGCAGACCAGUUAUGAGUCUGUUAGCAGCUGGUGACACUCGAAGUAAUGUACAGCCUGGACUCAUAGCUCUACACUCGCUGUUUGUACGAGAGCACAACAGACAGUGUGAUAUCUACCUAAGCAAGUUUCCCAGCGCAACUGAUGAUGAAACUUUCGAAGCCGCCCGGCAAAUUGUCAUUGCUGAGAUUCAAGCUAUUACGUUUCGUGAAUUUUUACCAGCCCUUUUUGGUCGAGAUAUGACACCAUAUACAGGUUACAACUCGAGUGUCAAUGUUGAUGCUGGAAAUAGCUUUGCCACUGCAGCAUUCAGAUAUGGACACAGUCAGGUGAAUACUCAUUUAAUGCGAUUCGAUAAAGACUGGGAUAUAAUUUCGGAAGGACAUUUGCCACUCAGAGACUCGUACUUUGCUCCUGAGAGAGUUAUACAUGAAGGUGGCAUUGAGCCUUUACUACGAGGAUUUGUCUAUCAGCCAGCGCAAGAGAUAGACACUAAGAUGGUAGACGACAUGCGUAAUGUAUUGUUUCCUGUCGGUCGUCGAGACGGUCUGGAUCUCGCCGCAUUGAACAUUCAAAGAGGUCGCGACCACGGCCUCCCAAGCUACAACCAAGCCCGCCUGUACCUUCAACUCCCUGCACUCAAGAAUUUCUCGGACGUUUCAUUGGAUGAAGAAACGGUGUCCACCUUGGAGCAACUCUACCCAACUGUCAAUGAUAUCGAUUUGUGGGUUGGAGGAUUAUCUGAAGACAAAGCAAAUGGCAGCUCAUUGGGACAAACAUUUGAAACGAUUCUACUUAAGAACAUUUUGAGAUUUCGCGAUGGCGACAGAUUUUGGUACGAAAGGCUGCUGAGCGACAAGGACAUCGAAUUUUUGGAGAAAAACUUGACUUUGUCGCAAAUCAUUCGGUUGAAUACAGACUUCGAUGACGUGCCGGACAACGUGAUGUUUGCACGGCAACGUUGCGCGUCCGUCGAGCGGCAUCAGUGCGUUACCAAACCGGCGCCGUCGGCGACGUGUCCGCCGCCCACUCGCACUAGCACUAGAGCAGCAGGCGGCACCGCGACGCCGCCGCAACGCACCGCUAUUGCACCGACGCGAUCGACGACAGACGUUGUGACGGUGCCGCCCGAAACGACGAGCGGAGGGACGACAACAAUAACAACAACAAAAGCGACAACAACGGAAACAACAACGGAAACAAUAGCAGCAACAACCAAAACGUCAGAACAGACGACCGUGUCUCCGUGUUGUAACGAAAAGGAUGUCUGCUUGCUGCACAAUUCCAAUCUGUCCGACGCCAUUAACUCGUCGAAAUUCAAUGAGAAAAAGUUGAAGAUACAAAUCAAGAAACUGGAAGACAAUUUGCGUGUAGAGAAGGACAGCUGUCAGAUUAAGGAGUCUGCAUUGGUGCAGCUGCAAGUGCGGUGCAAUGUAACCAAGCAAACAAACGAGAAGCUGAACGAAACGGCAGCUCAACAAGCGGCCAACCUGAUGCUACUCAAGAAGGAGGUAGCGCUAUUGACAAAUCGCUUGGUAUCAACAAACCAGUCGAUGUUCGCUGAACUGGAGAUCUGGAGACAGAAGGUAUUAAGCAUUAACAGAACUCUAGCAAAUGUGACCGACAGUCUGACAAAUUGUGUGCACAUUGCUCGUACAGAGCAAAGCAGCACAGGGCAGCUGAACGGUACCGGUACUGACGUCCGUGAAGUGUCAUGCGCUGCAAACAACGUCACGUGGUCUGAUCUGAUCCACUCGUUUCCCGGUCAAAUCGUGAUUGCCGUCGGUGGCGGGUCCCUUUUCAGCGUAUUGUGUCUUGUCUUCUAUUUGGGUGUCCGUUGCCGCCGGACAUCUGGCAAGUACAAAGUCAAGGACGCCAACAAGGACACCGACUUAGGCAUGAGAAACUUGGCAUACUGCGAUAAUGAAGAACACUACGAUAUCCAAUAGAAGGUAGACUGUUUUUUACUUGAACUAUAUCAUUCUUAGUAUUCAUGUAGCUCAACAGAAUUAAAUCCACUCUGAUGAUUUGACUGCAUUUUAUUGAUACUGCUGUAUACUUUACCUAUGCUGACAUUCGAAUUAAUCAAUUCAAUUAUUUUCAACUUGCUA